UGUGAAGACGCCUAGCAAGGAACCUCCCAAGAGCAACCCCAGCAAGCGGCACAGGGAGCGCCUCAACGGGGAGCUUGACCACCUGGCCAGUCUGCUGCCCUUCGAGCAAAGUGUCAUCUCUAAACUGGACAAGCUGUCUAUUCUACGCCUGGCCGUCUCGUAUCUGCGGACUAAGAGCUUCUUUCAGAGUGUUCUACCAACAAGGUAUGGCAUAGAAAGUCACCUGAUGUCAAGGUCACAUUUGUUCCAUGAACCCGGAUUCUCAGAAGGGGAGAGCAUUCUGCAGGCUCUGUACGGCUUCUUGUUUGUUGUCACCUGUGAGGGUGAGGUGUUCUUUGCCUCCAGAACCGUGGAACAAUACCUGGGAUUUCAUCAGUCAGACAUUAUCCACCAAUCCGUGAUGGAACUGAUCCACUCCGAGGACAGGGAGGAGUUCAAGCGACAGCUGUCCUGGAGCUCCCUGCUGCCGGUAGACAAGGCAGGCAUGGCCCUGCAUGACGUCAUGUUGCCAGAAAACAUCAACUACCUCCAUCGAUCGUUCACGGUCAGAUUCCGGUGUCUGCUGGACAACACUUCGGGUUUCAUUACCCUGGAGAUCAAUGGCUGGAUCCGAGUUUUACAUCGACAGAAUCCUCGAUGUGAGGAACCGCAACUGGCGCUGUUCGCCACGUGCUCGCCGUUUGGUCCCCUCAGUUUGUUUGACAUUCCCUCACAGGAAAUGACCUUCAAAACUAAACACAAGAUGGACUUCUCUCCCGUCACCAUGGACAACAGAGGUAAAACUAUAUUUGGCUACACUGAGCCGGAACUGGCAACAAAGUCCGGAUAUGACCUCAUUCACCCUGAUGACCUGAAUUACUUCUCUUCGGCCCACCAAGAACUGAUCAAGACCGGAAGCUCGGGUCUGAUAUCUUACCGCUGGCAGACCAAGCAUUUCCAUUGGCUGUGGCUACAGUCCAGCUGCAAGGUUAUCUACAAGAACAGCAAGCCGGACUUCAUCAUCUGCACACAUCGCCAGCUCACUGAAGACGAGGGUCAAGAUUUAUUCGGCAAGCGCGGCAAUGAAUUCAAACUGCCCUACCCGCUGUUGGACAUUGACGUCUGCACGGGGUUCGGUUUUGGAGACGACGAAAUCACAUCUAAAUCAAAGUCCAGCAAAAGCAAGAAAAAAGCUGGGAGUGCCAACACUGCAAGCGCCAACAACAACAACAACAGCAGCAGCAGCUCUAACAACAACUUUGCCAAUCCCGGGAGCAACAAAGAAUGUCAGAAUGGUAAAAAAAGGAAGGCCGCAUGUAUUAUUGGGGGCAUUCCAUCCUACUGUUCCUACCCGACCGGGUUUACAGCCUACGAUGGAGGCGGCGGGGAAAUGAAGCCGCCAGAUUCUCUUUAUACCUACGGGGGGAACAGCUAUGCGUUUGAUUCAGACGCCUACAGAUCUCAGGGGUAUGGCAGCUUGUCGCAAACUGUGUAUCCAAGCUCUGACCCCUACAGGCUUGACGUUGAUAAGCAUGGUUAUUUUCUAGAUCAUAGACAGUACCAGCAUUCUUCUCUUCCCUACGCCAAUAAUGGGUACUCCGAUUACGUGCCGUCUGCAAAAUAUGGAUACGAAAUGCCCAAAUAUGGUUUUGAUUCUUACAGUUUAGAUUUAAGCAAGAGAGUGGAUUGUAGUGAUAUAUCCCAGCUUCACACGGAUGUCCGCCGGUAUGCUUUUGACUAUCAUCACCCUUCGUACACUCAUCUAGAUGUUCACUCUCUCCACCCUGCCGAUCGUUUUACUGGAAAUCGCUUAAACAUUUCCAGUUUAGACGCAGUGGAUCUGAGGAACCCUGCUUCGCUGUACAACCCCAAUCCAUACAUGAACACAGUGGACACACCAUGUGCAGUUACCUCCCCCUGUCUGGCAUCUUCAUCUGUUUUGAAAUCCGUUUCAGCCACUUCGCAUCUCCUCAACACCAAGGACCAGCUUUCCUCCAAAUACAAACUCCCAAGUGUGACCAUCGAUUCUUCACAAAGUUCUAUGAGCUUUGACGUAGCCUCGCAUUUACCUCUUCCGCAUAAUUCAGUUAUCAAGUCAACCCGCCAACAGGAUUCCUCUUUCGUGCCUUCCUCGCAUAGUUUGACCAAUUCGUUAUCACAAGCAAACUCCGAGAACAUCACCCCUCACGUGUCUGUAUCCAAACAGUCUUGGACGGCGUGCAGCAAGUUGGUCAGCUGUCUGGGUGACCAAGCCGGAUUACACGCAAUCACGCCAGUAGACAACAGCCAGCUGACCGUUGACAUGGUCAAAUGCGGACACGACAACGGAAAUAUGUCAACAGUGCGGGAAUGUGACGACGACCUCAUCAAGUCUCACGA